AAGGGCAAAUCCGGUAAUUUUGUGACGAGACGAACACUAUAUUUGUCAUUUUGGUACCGUAACGAACCACGCCACGGCAAAAGGCAGAAUCCAACUUGAACUCAAUUUGGAGUGAAACGAUGCCGUAUUGAGCGGUAGUUGGACUCUCUGUCGUAAUGCGUAUAAAAAAGACAAAAACUGCAAACGACGAUUUUGUCCCUCUCUCUCUCUCUCUCUCUCUCUCGGAACAACGGCGAAGACAAACUGCCUUUUAUUUUUUGCAAUCAGACUGUAGUGAAUCAAUCGUGCAUUUCCAAUUGCUAUUCCCAUAGGGAGAGACAUACUGUCAGAAGUAUUUGGUUGCUUCCUCAAUCAUAUUGGCAUCCUGCUCCAAGCUAUAAAUUAUGGCCUCUGCAAACCAAUUAGUCAAUGCACAAGGGAAGCAACCACUUUUUUCUUUUGGUGUAAUCUCUGAUGUCCAGUAUGCUGAUAUCCCUGAUGGUUGUUCUUUCAUUGGUGUUCCACGGUUUUAUCGGCAUAGCAUUCUUGUCCUGCAAAGGGCAGUCCAACAUUGGAAUGAUUAUAAGCAUAAAUUUGUGCUCAAUUUUGGGGAUAUUGUUGAUGGGUUUUGCCCAAAAGAUCAAUCCUUAAGUACAGUAAGAAAAGUCAUUGGAGAAUUUGAGAAUUUCAAUGGCACUGUUUAUCAUAUGAUCGGCAAUCACUGCCUAUACAAUCUUCCCCGAGACAAGUUACUUCCAAUAUUGAAGAUUUCAAAUCCGGAUGGCCGUGCUUAUUAUGAUUUUUCACCAACCCCAGAAUUCAGAUUUGUUAUUUUGGAUGGCUACGACAUCAGUGCCAUCGGUUGGCCUCAAGAUCAUCCUAAUGCAUUAGAGGCUUUGAAAUUCCUUCAAGAGAAGAAUCCAAAUUCAGAAAAGAACAGUCCGGUUGGAUUGGUGGGUCUAGAGAGAAGGUUCCUCAUGUUUAAUGGAGGUGUAGGGAAGGAACAAUUGGAGUGGCUAGAUGGCAUUCUUCAAGAAGCAACAAAGAUGAGACAAAUAGUAGUGAUAUGUUGUCAUCUUCCUUUAGAUCCUGGUGCAUCAUCACAGGAAGCACUUUUGUGGAAUUAUGAUGAAGUAAUGAACCUUAUACACGGAUACAAUUGUGUAAAGGUUUGUUUCUCCGGGCAUGAUCACAAAGGUGGGCACUCAAUUGAUUCCCAUGGAAUUCACCAUAGAGUUUUUGAAGCUGCCCUGGAGUGUCCUCCUGGGACUGAUGCAUUUGGAUAUGUGGAUGUGUACAAUGACAGGCUAUCACUUGUUGGUACCGACCGGAUGGCAAGUACUGAUAUGUAUUUCAAUCCUCAACCAGAUUUAUGAAUAUUACAGAACUAGUUGUAAAGCUUCUCUUAUUCUUCUUC